AUGCCUCCCCGCGACGCCAACUGGAUAGAUGGCCUGCGCGGCAUCGCAUCCUUCAUGGUCGUGUGCGGCCACCUGUGCACCGCUCUCGUGCCCUGGCUGCACUCGCCCGCCCCCGACGCAAAGACGGCGCCGCACCUCUUCCAGCUGCCCUUCUUCCGCCUCGCAGUCGGCGGCCGCAGCGCCGUAGCCAUCUUCUUCCUCGUCACCGGAUACGUCAACUCGAUCGGCCCCAUCAGCAAGUCGCGUGCCGGCAACCACGAUGCCGCCUUCACCGGCAUCGCCCGCUCUGCCCUCGCCCGCUCUGGCCGCCUGGUCCUGCCCACCAUGGCUGCCACCUUCGUCACCUGGUUCAUGGCCAACACGAACGCGUACCACAUGACCAAGCAUGUCGACUCGACCUGGAUUCGCCAGGGCUGGCACAGGCAGGAGCCGACGCUGUGGGCCGCCUUCACGUCGCUGGUCAAGGUCGAGACGGAAACAUGGACCGUUGGCUGGAACGAGUACGACGGCACACAGUGGACCCUGCAUCUUUUCCUGGAGGGCAGCAUGCUGGUCUACACGACCAUGUUUGCGACCGUCAUGGUCAAGCCCAAGGCCCGCAUGCUGAUCUACGCCGUCCUGUACAUCUACUUUUGGCAGAUGGGCGAGGGUCUCGCAAUUGGAGCGCUCAAGGGCCUCAACAUUGUCACAGGCAUGUUCGUCGCCGAACUCCACAACCACUACAAGGACUCCGCGACCUCUGUCCUGCCCGCACCCAUCCCCGCCAUGAUGAUUGUCUUUGGCAUGUUCCUGGCCGGCUACCCUCAGGACAGCCCCCAGAACGCGCACUGGUCUCACAUCAUGCAGAAGAUCAUGCACAGCAUCACGUGCGACAAGGCCGACGUCCGUCGCUACUGGGACCAUCUCGGCGCGUCCACCGUGCUUCUCGGCAUCUUCUUCUCGGCGCGAGCCCGCAAGGUCCUCACAUCUCCAGUUUUCAACUUUCUCGGCCGCGUCAGUUUUCCCGUCUACCUGCUGCACAAUACGUUCAUCAAGUCGGUCCUCACGUGGAUGAUCUACCUCCCGUCCGCCAUGAACCCACCGCGCAACGAGAAGGGCGAGCAGCUGGACCUCCAGCGCGGAUCCACAACGCACAUCUUCAUCGCCGUGGUCGUCUUCUUCUACCUCCUAUACCGAUGCGCAGCGUUGUGGAUCAAGCACGUCGACCCCAUAUGCGCCAACAUUGUCAACGCCGCAACCAAGUGGGCAUACGGCGAGCCCCAGCAACGAGAGCCCCGGCCGAUUCUUUCCAACGGGAGCGCAUCUCCCAAGCAGACAUCCGUGCUACCCUCAUGA